CACACGCUCAUGUCUGGUACAUCCAAGCCAGACGAAGAACGCGAAGCAAUUGAGAUUGAUCCUAUAUGGACAACCAGUCGUACUGCCCGUCAAAUCUACGCCCUGGGCGAGGUUGAAAAGGUAACUUCCAUCGCAGAAGCCUACAACUAUCAUCAACGACGCCAACAGGACAUCACGCGUCUUAUGGCCCUCGCCGCGUCUUCGAUCUCUCUUUUGACGCUUCCCCAGACAGACGCGCCGGAAGAUAAUCUCCCGCAGGGCGACGAACGAUCAGAACAGUUCGUUCUCGAAGUCAACGAAUACUUUGAGCGUUUGGAUGCAAUCCAAAUCGCUAUUCGCUCCUCCCUUGCCCACAUUCGCCACUCGCGUAUAGCACCGUCCGCGAUCAACGCGCCACCUCCCAAUUUCGUGCCUCCCUCGCUCGGCGUUGGGCUCCCUGCUGGUGGGGAGCUGCCCGGGUCAUUUACCGCCGACGACACGCGUCGUGGACUGCAGGAGGAGCGUGUUGAAAGGGACGCUUGGACGGGUAUCCUGAACGCGUUGCAGCGUCUGAAGGCGGAGCAAGAGCAAAAUGAGCCACCAACUCAAAACGGUGUCACUGAAGAUGUGAAUAUGGCCUGAGAGGACUGGAUGUGUACCCUGGGAUUAUGUUUCAUUUGUGGUGACACCACUCUAGACGUCCUAGUGCACGCGACAAGUGUCUAAAUGAUCGAAGCCUCUUCUACCGCUGCUAACUCGAUAUGUUUUCGUAUGAAUGAAUAAAAAGGCUCUGGCCCCCGUAAGCAAUGUUA